GCAACAGGUAACACUAGGAGUGGAGGAGUACGACCUGCACAGAAGAAACUUAGAGGAAAUGACGCACCGAGAAAGUCAUUCAUUCCAUUCACAAGUAGCGAGAUUGUAAAUAAACAGAAGGAGAUGAGGAAGAUGAAGCCGAGAGAGCCAUUGGCACCAAUCGAUCCAGAGCGUAUUAUGGCCACGUCAUAUAUGGUCACAGAAGAGUCGACAAAGAACGAGAAAGAGUUUGAGGACAAGAUCAAACAGCUGAUGAUCGAGCAACAGACAGAGGAGUUGACCAAGGUCAAGAUCCCGCAGGAGCUGAUCGAUGGACUCGACUUCCGCAAGCGAUACAGUCCCGAAGUGAUACGCUUCGCCGACUACUUCUUUGCCCAUCAAUCCAAGCUGGUGACCAUGGCCAUCAAGGCCGCCGACUUCCCCACCAACCCACUGCCACAGAUCGCAUUUGUCGGUCGCUCCAACGUGGGCAAGUCCACGCUGCUCAAUACACUACUUGGCGAUCAGCUGGCCCGAGUGUCAAAGACUCCCGGAUGUACAAAGUCAAUCAACUUCUACUCACUAUGGGAGAAGAUCAUGCUGGUCGACCUGCCAGGCUAUGGAUUCUCCAAAGUAUCCAAAGAAAAAGCCUCAGUCUGGGGCAGGAGUAUAUCAGAGUACUUGCUCACAUCACAUCACUUGUUGAAGGUGUUCCUGUUGAUUGAUGGCAAAGUUGGAUGUCAAAAGAAUGAUUUGGAGGUGAUGAAGUUGUUGGACGAGCAUAGAGUGGCAUUCCAGAUCAUCUUGACAAAGAUUGAUAAGGCAACACCGACAGGACUAAAGAGGAUAUACAAGACAGUCAAGGCAGAGAUCAUGGAGAACCUCAGUUGCAUGCCAAACAUUGUUCAAUGCAGCUCAUUGGAGCAGCGUGGAAUACAACAGGUGCGAGCAUUGAUAUUGGAGGUCACUCAACUGGACAAAGACAGCUUCAACAAGACCAAGGAGUUGGCACAGUUACAACCAAAGGUGGAACACAUGCCACACGUCCAACGUCAAAUCGAUGAACUAAAGACUAGACCUCUGAGGCGACGC